AUGCUGCUUUCCAUCAUCACCACCAGUCCUCUAGCCCAUGCUCAACUCCCCUUUCUCGGUCCCAUUCUUGGUCCCAUUUUUGGUCCCAUUCCCAUUGUUGGUCCCAUUCUUGGUCCCAUUGUUGGCCAACCCAUUAGACCACCGGUUGGUCAAGUACCACCGAUUGUACCACCAGUUGCCCAAGUACCACCGGUUGGUCAAAUACCACCCAUUGUUGGACAAGUACCACCCAUUGUUGGACAAGUACCACCCAUUGUUGGUCAAUUAGCACCCCUUCUUAACCAACUAUUACCACCUCUUCUUAACCAACUAUUACCACCCAUUCUUAACCAACUAUUACCAGGCAUUGUUAGCCAGCUAAUACCACCCAUUGUUGGUCAAGUACCAUCUAUUGUGCCACCCGUUGGUCAAGUACCAUCUAUUGUGCCACCCGUUGGUCAAGUUCCAUCCGUUGUUGGCCAACCAGCUAAUAUAACUAUACGGGGUGUUGUGUCUUGCUCCACAUCGGGAAAUGCCCCAGGCCCCGGAAUUAGUGGAGUAAAUGUCGCCAUUAUUUGUGGCAACACAACCCUUGCUCAAGUGAUCACAAAUGUUGAAGGUUUAAUAAAUGUUACAUUGAGCACCAAUACAAAUAUUUUGUUUGGAAAUACUUCAAAUCUUUCAUGUGUUGCAAGGGUUGCUCUCCCAAUUGUUAAUUGUGCUUUGUUGCCCACCACAGGAAUUCUUCAAGCUCCCCUCAUGCUUGUUGGAAACAUCAUUCAGGGUGUGGGUGGUGUAGUUUUAUCAGCACUUGUGGGGACAUUUAGUUUAGUAACAGUUAUGAUAUAG